AUGUGGUUCUUUGUAUUCUCCACCACAAACCCAAAAAAGGUAUGGAUCAUUGGUGCAAUAAUACUUGUGAUCUUUCUCACUCUCAUCUUAAAAAAAUUGGCUAUUCAUCUAGAGUCCAAAUACCAAGAAAGUCUCAACUCUUCUAUGAAAACAGGUGAUAUAGAAAGUGGGAAGUGUCAUAAAGGGACUUCCAAGAAUGGUACUAUUUGCACUCAUUGUUGUGGCUGCGGUGAUGGUGUUAUUAGGACUUUGGCGCUUGAAGAGUUGAAGGUGGCGACAAGGAAUUUUAGGAUUCGAAUAGGCGUCGGAGCCACCUCGUACGUAUAUUUGGCAGAGAUGGGCGAUGGGAGGUUCGGGGCCGUGAAGCGGGUGAUGGAGGAGAGAGGUGGCAACAAGAAGAUAUUCUUGGACGAGGUUUCGGUUUUGCUAAGGAUAUCUCAUCCGAAUUUGGUUGGGUUGUUGGGAUUCUGCUUGGAGAAAGGAGAACAAUUACUGCUACUCGAAUAUGUUCCAAACAAGAGCCUUUAUGAUCGAUUGCACACACGCUAUGGCCAGUCCUUGGGAGUACUCUCGUGGCCAAAUCGGUUAAGCAUUGCCCUAAAUGUCGCUCAAGCGCUCGACUACCUCCACUCCACGGCCGACCCUCCCGUCAUACACCGGGAUGUCAAGUCCUCCAACAUCCUCUUGGUUGAUGACAACCACGCCAAACUGGCAGACUUUGGGCUUUGCAAGUUGGGCCAUGACACCCAGAUCGCACAAACUCCAACAUCAAUAAAAGGCUCAUUGGGCUACGUUGACACCCAAUACAUGAACACCGGUCGGGUAUCAACAAAGAGCGAUGUAUACAGUUUUGGAGUGUUAUUGCUCGAGCUGGUCACGGGGCUCAAGUCUCUGCAGGGGACAGUGACGCUCGUGGAGCGGACUGAGGAGUGGCGGAGGAAGGGAAAUUUGGAGGUUUUGGUGGGGGCGUUGGACCCAAAACUCAAUGGUGAUGUGGAUAUGGAACAAGUGAGAUUGCUAGUUGAUGUUGCUAAUUUGGCUUUGGUUGAUAACUCUGAAGCAAGGCCAGAGAUGAGCCAGAUUUUGUACAUGAUUUCAAGCUGUGUGGAAGGUCAUCAUCAACUUCAAACUGAUUUACCUGUGUAAAUUUAGGUGCGAAAAGUUUAAGAAUACAAAAAUCGAUCACAAAAUUGAAUAUAAUUUUUUUUACAUGAGGUGAGUCUCAUUUUUUCAUAACUUCAUAUUUAUGUGAGAGAAUUGUAUCUAAUUCUGUAAUCAAUUUCUGUUCAUAGGAAAACUAAUUUAGAUUGGGUCAUGCUCUUGCCAUUUAUUUUAUCAAUACGAAUAUACCAAGAUAUUAAUAGAGACACAUACUUGUAAACAAUUGUAUAGUCAAAUUUUUUAAAAAUAAUGCUUGACAUUAUUAUUUGUUUAUUUGUAACAUUUUCCCGCCCUCUC